AUGGAAGAGAAACUAAUAAAGUUUAGUUCUCGUGCUAAACUCGUUUGUUGUCUGUGGGAUCAAGAUCAGCCUAAGGAUCAGCCGGUGCACUUCCUUUCUAAGAUAUAUGGUCCGAUGAGACAAUGCUCCAUGUGCGGAAUCGAAAAGUAUCGAUCAGAGUAUCAUAUCCGUUGCGAUACAUGCAAAGUCGAGUUCCACAAGAAUUGUUAUUUUCAACCGAGAUGUCGUAGGUCAGAUCUAACUGAGCCUCACACCCUUGAAAAGAAACCUGGUGGCUACGCUUUUUGCUCCGUAUGUAAUAAUAUGAGUAGCGGUAUGAGCUGUUACCAUUGUGAUACUUGCGGUGAUGAUUUCCACGAUGGUUGCCACUUGUACCUGUCGGAGAUCAGACAUCCUUUUCACCCUCUCCACCCUCUCAAGUUCACCUUUUCCUCCCCAGACCAUUCUUUUUCUGAUCUUCUUCCUUAUAGAGAUCUACCUUCUUCAUGGCUACAAGAACCCUCUGAUUCCGAGUCAGAACCGGAGACAUCUGAAUCCGAUAAUGAUGCAUCUAUAUCAGAUUUGAGAUGCAAAUGUUGUCAGAAGCAGCUUCAGGAGAUUUACUAUCAUUGUCGUAUCUGCAACUACAGCUUAAACCUCACUUGUACUAGAAACCCACCACAUCUUACCAUCUCGAACCUGAAAUGUCAUGAGCACCCUCUCACAAUUUUCCCUAGACGAAUCACUUCCCCAUGUGAUGCUUGUGGUUCGUCUCUCGACAAUAACCAUGAUCUCGUCUACACUUGUCACCUUUGUAACUACAUGAUCCAUAGGACAUGUAUCUACUUACCCCGUGUCAUAAAGAUUACACGUCAUCAACACCGUCUAUCUCUCUCUUCCUCCCUCCCUUCCGGUUUGUUCCUUUGCGGGGUUUGUCGCCAUCCCAUCAAUGUUACGUACGGCCAGUUUUCUUGCCAAAAAGGUUGUGACUAUGCAGUCCAUUCCAAAUGUGCAGUGGAAGGAAGAGUGUGGGAUGGAAAAGAUCUUGAAGGUGUGGCUGAAGAUCCUGAUGAAGACAACGAUAUCGAGUCAUUUGUGAGGAUCGACGACGAAACGAUACAACAUUUCAGCCAUGAUCAUUACCUAAAACAUCACAGGAACAACGACGUUUGUGAUGGAAACAGGUUCUGUCAAGCAUGCACCCUUCCAACUACGAUAUCUGAGGAUGUCUAUAGUUGUAUACAGUGCGACUUCUUUCUCCAUGAAGCAUGUGCAACGCGUCCCCGCAAAAUUUAUCAUCCUCUACACAGACACCCUCUUAUCCUUCAUCUAAUUUCUCCAGAGCAAAUUGAGUACGUGCGACAGAUAUGGGGAAUGGGACCUAGAACUUCUUAUGAAGCCAUGUUCAAAUGCAAUGGUUGUGACCAUACAAGUUGUGGUUAUAUGUACGCAUGCAGCGAAAAAGACUGCAAGUUCCAGUUAGACAUCAGAUGCGCCUCCCUUCCUGAUCCUGUUAUCCAUGGCAGCCAUCCACAUGCCCUUUUCUUCAAUCUUACCCAAGGUGAAUGCAUGGGGUGUAAAUCUGAAGACUGUUCAACUUUUUUCCUAGAGUGUAUGGAGUGCAAGUGGUUUUUGGGACUUAAAUGCGCUUCUUUGCCAAGUGUUAUGUAUUACAAGCACGAUCGGCAUCUACUCACUCUUUGCUACGGGGAAGACGAUACAUCAAACAGUCAAUACUGGUGCGAAAUAUGUGAAACAAGGUUAGAUGCAAAGAAGUGGUUCUAUAAAUGCGAUAACUAUUGCAGUGUCACAGUUCAUAUAAGUUGUUUAUUGGGGGAAGAAAUCUUCAUGAAGCCCAUCUCCAUUGAAAUAAAUGAUAACUCGGUUUCAGUUCUUCGAAACAGUGGGAACACUCGAGAGAUCUGUUUUGGUUGUGAUCGUCUCUGCACACAGCCUUUGCUGAAAGUUUAUUCUCGUGUUGUCAGUGUAUGA